ACCUUUUAACUUUACACCGAAAUCAAAUAUUGACUUAGUUUCAUACAUAUCUGGACUUUGCACAGGGGGGGAAAGCCUGACAUUCCGGAAAAUGGCAGCUGAGAGAUCCACAGAAGUUCCAAAAACAGCUAAACAAUUCGUCGUUAAGGAAGAGGUAAUCGCAGAAAGAAAAUGGUUGAAGCUUGAAGAAACAACUUACACCGAUCCCUUUGGGAAAACCAGAACUUGGGAAAGUGUAAAGCGGACUGGCAACAAGAAGGGAGUCACAGCUGAUGGGGUAGCAGUGAUUGCAGUGCUGCAGAGAACUCUGCACUAUGACUGCAUUGUCCUGGUGAAACAGUUCAGGCCCCCAAUCAACGGCUACUGCUUGGAAUUCCCUGCAGGCCUCAUUGAGGAAAACGAGUCAGCAGAAAGUGCUGCACUGCGAGAGCUGGAGGAAGAAACUGGGUACAAGGGGGAAGUCAUUGAAUGUACUCCAGCUCUGUACUUGGACCCAGGUAUGUCAAACAGCACCACACACAUCGUGAAUGUCAUCAUUAAUGGAGAUCGGGCUGAGAAUACGAGACCUAAGCAAAAACUUGAUGAUGGAGAAUUUGUGGAAGUUAUUUCAAUUCCAAAGAAUGACCUACUGCAAAGAAUUGAUGAACUAGUAGCAGAGGAACACCUUGCAGUAGAUGCCAGGGUUUACACUUACGCCCUGGCUCUGAAAUGUGCAACAGAAACACCUCUCCAAGUUCCCUUCAUGAAGUUUUAAAGCUGGACAAUGAGAAACUUAGUAGAAAACUGCCCAAGUCAGAUGGCUUAGAAGCACAACUCUUCUUGUAAUCAAGGUCCUUUGCUUUACUUGUAGAGCAAAAAAAAA